AGAAGCAGUGUGUGUGAAUGGCUCAUCUGAUUUGGGAAAGUGUCCACAAACUAGGAUACUACGGUCUACGGAACAGCCUGGGCACCCCUUAGGAUUCCAUCUCCCAGUGGUGUUCAGGGUACAGCUCGGAGCAGAACCCAGACUAGGUUGUUCAGAGAUUCUUAGCUGUGCAGUCAGACUGGCCUGAUGGCAUGCUGCAUCCAACUUCAGCUCAGAGUCUGGAGACACUAAAGACCUUGCCUGGGAGCAGCUUUCCGUUCAAUACACACAGAGGUGCAUAGCGUAAUGUCCAUGCUGUACUACACUCUGAUUAUAGCUUUUUUGCUCGGCAUACAGGCAGCACCAAAGUCAGAGGACAAUGCUCCAUGGGGGUUUCCUGCAGGACCCACCAUUCAAAAUAUCCAUCGGACUAAAGCAAAUCACAUUCCCAAGGCAGCUCAACACACAGCCACUCAUCACCUUGCUGGGAAGGUAGACAGCAGAGAAGCUGGACAGGCAGCAAACAUCACUGUGGAUCCAAAGCUUUUCAGAAAGAGACGAUUCCGGUCCCCUCGGGUUCUGUUCAGCACGCAGCCCCCUCCAGUGUUGGGGGAUGGGCAGAACAUGGAGUAUCUGGACAGUGCAGAUUCUUUUAACAGGACUAUUCGAACCAAGCGGACUGCUCAUCCUGUGCUGCACCGGGGAGAAUUCUCAGUUUGUGACAGUGUCAGCAUGUGGGUUGGGGACAAAACCACAGCUACUGACAUCAAAGGCAAAGAGGUGACAGUGCUGGGAGAGGUGAACAUUAACAACAAUGUUUUCAAGCAGUACUUUUUUGAAACCAAAUGCAGGGACCCUAAGCCAGUCUCCAGUGGGUGCCGGGGAAUUGAUGCUAAGCACUGGAAUUCCUACUGCACCACCACGCACACCUUUGUCAAAGCACUGACAAUGGAAGGCAAGCAAGCAGCCUGGAGAUUUAUCCGAAUCGAUACCGCAUGUGUGUGCGUGCUCAGCCGGAAAACAGUGAGACCCUGAGAUGGAACAAACACUCAUGCCCACGUCCUCCCAUCCCCCCUACCUCAGCCUGUAAAUUAUUUUAAAUUAUAAGGACUGCAUGGUAUAUUUAUAGUUUAUACAGUAAAGAAAGAACC